UUCUGGUGCCAAAGUCAAAGCAACUUCUCUCCCCCUCAACUCCAACUUGCACUCUUUUCGCAAUCAUUCAUUCCUGACAAUGACGCUCUCUUUCCUCUUCCUGACUCUCACCAUCAGCUUGAGCUGUUUGUCUCCUUUUCCAUUGUUUGCAGAUGCGGCCUUGACGGUUCCUUGCAACUCGACUUCUCAAUGCGCGGUGCUCUUCCGCCCGGGCUCCAAGUGCAACCACGAUGGGUUCUGCACCAACCCGUUCUACCACGGCGGUUGUCUCAGCAACCUUGGCUUGACGAACAAGACGCGCAUUUGCAACUCGCAAGAUUCUCCCGAUGCCCUCGCAAAGGGAUACUGCCGCAGCUCACCAUUGGGAUACCCCGAAGUCCGACUGGCGGCGCGCAACUGGGAAAGUGCCAAUUUGGGGGCGUGGAUUCUGCAGAUUUUGUUGUCGGAACUCUUGGAUGUUCCCACAUCGAUCGAAGGAGGCAGUUUCGACGUGAAUAUGAACUUUUACGACUUGGACAAUGGAUUUGACGUGGGCAAUGCCGGUGUCGAUCCGGCGCUGCAAGAACUCCAAGUGGCUCAUCAAGUGCAGGGCGAUUGUGCUUCCGUCACGAACUCUCGAGAAGACUAUCAACCCUGCAUGCACGUCAAUCAGGAAACGUACGCCAGUUGGUAUGACCUCAGCGAGUUCAAGGACUUUAUCGAGCCGGUCCGAGAACUGGGCGCCAUGACGGAAAACGCCUGGUUCAUUCCGCGCUUUGCCGCCCUCAACGAUUCCAGUUUGGUCUCGUAUGCUGGCUUGAGUGGAGAGGAAAACCGACGCAAGUUGGCCGAGACCUUCAAGACACCCACUCGAUGGGGACAUUACUGUCAAGAGUACAGUCCCACCAAUUGUGCACCAAACAGUGAUGCACUGGCGCACCGACCUCCUGCAAACGACGAAGAAGCCGAUUCCUUCUUUGUGGAUGGACUUUUCUAUGGAUUCUUUCGCUACACGGAUCUUCACAACUGUGACAAGUACCCUACCAAUUGCACUGGGCACUUUGUCGAUGUCCCCUGCGAAUGGAUCACGUAUGCGCCCUCCCAACUCUACCACAAUGACAUUGCCAUGACGACUGAACGGUACACGUACACCGAACAAACCCAAAUCUACCGGGCCGCCAAUGCCACGAAAUCGCCCGUCAUGUACCAAGCCUACACCAUUGACCUGAUCUAUGCUGACUUUGUGGGAUCGGACGCCGAAUUCACCCGUGUCACCUUGCCCGUCCGGACGCAAGACUGUAUUGAUGCCCGUCAUGCUCAUGUCUGUGGCGAUGACUUUGCCACAAUGAUUGGAGAGGCGGCGGGUUCCUGUGAUACCGCCCCGGAAAUGCUCAAGAAAACCCUCAGUCGCGCUUUUCGAACAGAGGCGUUUUCGCCGGAUGUGCCACCCGAGUUUUGGAGUCCGGCCGUGGCCGCCGUCGAACAGUAUCAAAUCACUGUCCCGCAACUGGGACAAAUCUACACACUGUGGUUUGCGCGACAGACGGAUGCCUGGAACUAUGAUCCGAGAGAUGCUGUAUGCCAGUUUGUGGUGGAUAACAUGGACAUGGUACAAUCAUGGAUCCCAGAAACACACCCAAGAGUCGUCCAUGAGGCAGAACGGGAGGAGCAGGGGCUAUCCAGGGCAGCCAUUGCAUUGGCCAGCUUGGCACUGGCAGCGAUACUCGUUUCCAUGCUGCUCACAUUCUUCAAGAGAAAGACAGCCAGCAUCUACCACACCCAGAUUGAAUUCAUUUAUUUGGUCUUGGGGGGCAUGCUACUGGUCACCAUUGGGGCUGUCGCCUUUGCCGUGGAUCCAUCUGAUGGGACUUGUGCUUCCAUUUACUGGUUGACCGACAUUGGCUUUGCGCUGCAGCUGGCACCCCUCCUCCAUCGAAUCAAAAACAUUAACCGGCUCACGUCCUCGGGAAAUGGAAUGCAGCGGGUCCGGCUUCGUCUGAAAGCUCUCUACGGAUUUGCCUUUAGUGUGGUGGGUGUCGUGGCGAUGUUUCUCACUAUUUGGUACAUCUUGGAUCAACCACGAGAAGCCUUUGAAUAUGAGCUCAAGACUGACGAUGUGACACCACAAGGCGAGACCAUUAUCCAUUCGUAUGCAUACUGUGGCUCCGAACAGCAAAAUUGGCAUCUUCUUUCCUUUGCUUGGAUGGCACUCAUUCUGGUCCCGGGUUGCAUGCUGGGGUUCAUUACAAGCCAGGUCAAGGAGGACAUGAAUGACACCAACUCCCUUGCCCUCACAUUGUACUUCCAUAGCGCCUUUCUCUUGGCAUGGUUCUGCUCCUACUUGCUCCUUCGGGAGUCGGACAUGCCCAAAUUCAUGAUUCACUCCAGCUUCCUCUUGAGUGCCGAUACCAUUGGAGCCUUGGGAAUCUACCUGCUUCCCAAAUUCUUGCGCAGUGGAGACACCAUUCAGGAAGAGAUUCUGCCGGAUGUGUUUGUCCAUACGACGAUUGCCUUGCUCGAUGUGCAAGGAUUCUCCGCAUGGAGCUCUGUCCGAGAGCCGGUACAGGUGUUCCAGUUCCUGGAGAGGUUGUAUGCUAGCUGGGAUGUGUUGGCCGCCCAUCAUGGUGUGUAUAAGGUCGAAACGGUCGGCGAGUGCUAUGUCGCCGCUACCGGUAUUCCAGAUGCCCAAUCAGAUCAUGUCGUCCGGAUGGCAAAGUUUGUUUCUGACUGCUGCCGGAAGAUGCCCAAGUUUGUGAGGAAGAUGGAGGAGCAGUUUGGUCCGGACACGCGAGAACUGCAGAUUCGGGCCGGGAUGAACUCGGGCGCCGUCACAGGGGGAUUCCUAAAAGGCAAAGGGGCGCGUUUUCAGCUCUUUGGAGAUACAAUGACAACCGCGACGCUGAUUCAGACAAAUAGUGCCAGUGGCAGGAUUCAUUUGUCUCAAACCACAGCGGAGCUCCUUCUCAAAGCUGGAAAACGAAGGUGGAUUAUGGAACGCGAAGAGAAGGUUCACACCAUCGAGAAAGGUGAAAUGAAAACAUACUGGCUUGUCAAGGGCGGUCAUGGGUUCGAGGACGUUGGAUCUAGCAAUGGCUAUCUUAGUGACGACGAGAGUGAAGACGGUGAAGAGGAAAGCGAAGAACGAUGGGUGGAGUUUAAUGUGGGAGUAUUCAAGGGAUUGCUGCAGCAAAUCCUCAUUCGUAGAGCAGCUGGCGCCGUGAAUGAGCCGUUCGUCGUCCCGGUUAGUAUGGUUGACAAAGGCGAAAUGCCCCUUUCGGAAGUGCAAGAGAUUAUUGAACUACCAAAAUUCAACAAGAGGGCCGCCAAACGUCAGCGAGAGGCUGAAAAUAUCGAGAUACCGAACAAGGUCAUGGACCAGCUCAAGUUAUACGUCAAGGAGAUUUCAAUUCGUUACAACCGGAACGCGUUUCACAACUUUGCUCAUGCAAGCUACGUGGUUAUGGCGGUGACCAAGUAUCUGAAUCGAAUCAUUGCUGCGACUGAUGCGGGUGUGGGAAAAGAUGGCGAGCGUUUCCGAUCCAGUUUCCAGGCAGCCCUGCAUGAUCACACCUACGGAAUUGCAAGCGACGCGUUAACACAGUUCGCGGUUGUGUUCACUGCUCUUAUCCACGAUGUUGACCAUCCUGGUGUUCCGAAUCCACAGUUUAUAAAGGAAAACAGCAUCACGGCUACCAAGUACAAGAACCGAUCUGUCGCGGAGCAAAACUCAUUCGACAUUGCUUGGGAUUUGCUGAUGGAGGAGCGCUUCACCGAUUUGUUGUCAGCUAUCUGCCAAGAUUCACAAGAUUUGUGCAGAUUCCGGCAGCUUGUGGUCAAUGCUCUGAUGGCAACUGAUUUGGGCGACAAGGAAAUGAAAGCGCUGCGAAAUGGUCGUUGGGACAAGGCGUUUCAACGAGGAGACUCCUCUGAUGGCGCCAGCGUUGUGACGGACUCCACUAUGCAUGACUCUGAGACUGCACGAGAGAGUAGAGACACAACUAGCAACCGAAAAGCCACCAUCGUUAUUGAGCACUUGAUCCAGGCCGCUGACGUUGCCCACAUGUCUCAGCAUUGGCACAUUUACCGAAAAUGGAACGAGCGCCUCUUCCGAGAGACUUAUGCUGCGUUUCGGGAGGGUCGUGCAAACAGCAAUCCAGCAGACAACUGGUACAAUGGCGAGAUUGGAUUCUUCAACUUUUACAUCAUCCCCUUGUCCGAAAAGCUCCGAGAUUGUGGCGUGUUUGGUCCCACGAGCGAUGAAAACUUGAACUACGCCGUCAACAAUCGUGACAUGUGGGAGAAGAACGGGCAGGCCAUUACCGAUGAGAUGCACAAGCGGGUGGAAGAGGAAUACAACACCGUUUUGGUAGCGCCUGCUUCUAAGAGUUUCGAGAUUACUCAAGAACAGGCCAUGCCGAUGCCCACUGGUUCGGUUGUGGAGGUCUGAACUCGCCUUAUUGUGAGGUUACGACACUAGUUACUAGGCAGGCCACUGCUCUAUAUUUAUUAUAUGCUCCACGUCAUACAAUUCUCUCCAAAACUGACCAUUCAUGUAGCUACAGGCGCUUGUACUUUGAAUGUAUCGGCUAGCUAGCUGAGGUGUGA